GCCAUGUGUCUCUUCCUUCUGCAAGCAACGGGGGGAAGGUGAUACAAAAAAGUGAUUGCCAUGUUUUUUGUUUCUUUUCUCCUUCUUUUUGCAGAGAGUACAGUUAGUCAGGUGCACGCUGCUCGCAGGUAAUAGAACAUAAAGCAAUAGACUCUUUGUGGCUCAAGAUCGACGAAAGAGCUCGGCCUGUGAAGAGGUUGCCUCGUAAGAUCUACACAACCCACUUAACAGAAAUCACUAUGAUUUUUACAUGCUCUCAAAAUGCCAGAAAACGAACUUCCCCAAACAAGAACCCCUCUGCUCGGCAAUUAUGGCCAGUCAGAGGCAGCAGCUAGAAUACGAUCGACUUCACGCAGCGUCAAGAAAAAGAGUAGCAACGCCGUGUCUUUCAUCGUCCACAUCUUCCGCGGCGGUCUCUUCUCACCACCGACCCUGACAUACGACCCGUUACUCCUCUUGCUGAAUCACGAUGACCAGGACGAAAGAAAUAGGCUCACGGAGAAAUGGAAGGACAACAAGCUACAAGAACUGAACUUCGUAGGCGUCGUGGCUGCCUUACUCGCGAAUGUCCUCACAUCUACCGGAUCGUGGCCCAAUCUCCUGCCGCCUGAGACGACUACGCCUUGGCCCGUGCGGACCUGCUGGUUCUGCGGGAUCGCGUUCGCGCUUGCCAGCGUCUUAACGGCGGCGGACCAAACCAUUCGACUGCAUAGAAUGGCUGGACACCGAGAUGGUCUGGUACUUAUUAGGCAGUCACUGCGUACCCAGGAGCGCGUCUUGAUCGGCACUGAGUGGAAGUAUCGCCCUCGGAAAUUGCAGGUCUACGCCUGGCAGUUGUCGGUUGCGUUUCUCGCAGGCGCGGUACUCUGCAUGAUCUCAGGGAUGGUAUUCCUGGUCUGGAGUGCUGUAGCUGAAGACAUUGGCAGAGGAAAAGGGUUUGAUGACAACGGCAAGGUGGCUGUGAUAUUCACAUCAUUUGCACUGAUCACGGCUGUCAUCUUCGGACUUGGCCAGACAGUGCUUUACUACCCGGUACCAAAGGGGGGCGACAUUGAAGACAGUGACUAA